AGCUUGUUGCUACGCUAGCCACUAGCAGCUUGUGCUAGCUGGCUGCGGCUUCAGCUAAGAGCCAGCUAACAACGUAUCGUUCGUUACACAACAUUUUACGUGUGUCAUCAUCAGGCGAAAAAAAAUAACAAUUAGAAUUUCAUUUAAUAACCCACCCACUUUCAUCCGGCUGAAUCAUCUUCAUGAGAGUACGCAGCCGCUGACUCACAGCUAAGAAACAGAUGGCUACUAACACAAGCUAACAACAUUUACUGGUGUCAAGCUAAGCUAAAAAUCAUCAGCCUAUUUAUUAUUGCAGCUGUUGACAUAUGCAAGAUGUGUGUUUGGUGGCCCUACUCAUUCCACCCAUGACUGUUUCCCCCAUCAUGUUGUCUUGUCAUACUACCCUGUCUGGCAUUCAUUUUACAAUGUGUAUAAAUACAACUUGGGGUGAUUACAAUCUAAAAGGAUGUAAUGUGAAAAAAAGACCCCAACAUCAUUAUUUUUGGUUAGUCUGAUCUUUCUUGUCAGGUGAAUAAGUCAUUCAUGUGUGCAGUCUCAUGAAAGAGUAUUCAUGUUUAUGGAGGGACCGAAUCUGCCUAAGGAAAUUAAACCAAAUAUAACGUCCUCAGUUGUUAUUCAUGCAGACAACUGGGGCGAGCUAAUACCAUAAGAGACAGCACAGAGGACAGCUCAUCUGUCUGUGUGUGACCCCUUCCCUCUAGAGCUGCCAGACGAAAAGCUCAUUGUGCGGCGAGAUAUGAAAUGCAAGAUGCAGACUGUGAGAAGAUAACGCCUGGGCUGCUCAAGUCGCGUACAGGAGAAUUUGAUUUGGAGUCAAUACUGUUUCUCAAACUGAGAGGUCUUGGAAUAAUUGAUCUUGGAUGCAUUGGAGAAUGUUUACAUUUAGAGAAACUGGACCUCUCUGGAAAUAACAUAACAAAUGUAGCUCCUCUAUCAUCUCUCCGGCUUCUUUCUGUACUCUGUUUGUCUUCAAACAGGAUUUCCAAUUUAGAACCCCUGCGCAAUUGUGAAGGUUUACAGAACUUAAACUUGGCUGGUAAUAUCAUAUCCAGCAUUGAGAACCUACAAUGCCUUCAGCUGUUGAGAAAGCUAGAAAGUAUACGUCUUAAAGACAACACUUACAAUUACACUAACCCAGUGUGCAGGAACGCAGCAUAUAGAAACAUAGUUCUUGAGAUGUUCCCCCACAUCAAGGUGCUUGAUGGGGAAAGAGUGGUUGGGCGUGGCAGUGAACUGUACCAAUUAUGUAAAGACAUUGAUGAAACCAUCAAAGCUGGUUCAUACAAGAAUGGACAGCUUGUGGAACACACUGAUUGCAAACCAUGGGUGGAGGAUAAUUACUGGGAGUUAAAAAGAUCAAACAAUGCCAUUAUUGAAGAAGCCUACAAACAGUUCAACGAUGUACUUCAUGAAUGCAGACUCCUGAACAACAGAGCCUCUCACGUUAUUUCCCAAACUGAAAGAUCUAUGAGCCUGAAGAAGCAGCCAAAGCAGUAUACUAUUUGAGUUGGACUAUAUGAACACAUUUGUUUUUGUUGUAUGAUGUACCAUGGCUGUACUGUAGGCUUUUCAAAUUACUAAGCUUUAUCCAAAUGCUUGAUCAGUAUCAGACACAUGCUUUGUAUUUGCAUUGUGAGGCAUUUGUUGAAAUUCUAUCUCAUCCUAUGCAUUGAGUAUCAACGAUACGCAUAAGUGGUUUGAAAACCUUUAUCUAUACUGACAACUCUCAGUUUGGUUCAAAGAUGUCUUUACUUGCACAGUGUGCAUUUUGUACCAUGUUGUAUCCUGCAUUUAUGCUAGGAGCUAUGCUGCUUAACAAUUUCUAUAAACUUCAUCCAUAUUGCAUUGCUGGAUAAUGUUGGGAGUUAAUGUGUCCCAUGCUGUUUGCUUUCCUUGUAAGUUGAACUUUUGCAAUAAGUGAUUGAAUGAUGUUUCAGCUGUUUCUAUUUGUUUUAUAACAUUGUUGUUUAUUAUGUGUACACACAACUUCUGGAAAAAUAUAAUGUUUUCAAACGUG